AUGGCUAAUUUUUUAUUAAUUAAUGCAUUUAGAAUUGCUGUAACUUCUCUAAAUUUUGUGUCUCCGUCAAUAGUAGCAGAUGUUCUCUUACAUCCUUUUGAUUUUGCAACCGUAUUACUUCAAAUCGGUUUUAAUCCCGAAGGAAUUAAAUGUCAAACGGCCGCUCUUGUAUCUGUCAUAGUGCAAUAUGCACUAUUUACGUUUUACAUCCCUUACCUCCUCACAUCAAUGCAAGGUUUGCAGUUGAUGGGCAUGCCUCAUCCUAAUAUUUUUUAUUAUGUUAAUUACAUUUAUAAAAAAGAAGGUUUUCUCGGAUGCUAUAGAGGAAUCGUACCUAAAAUUUGUGAAAGAUUAAUCAUGGUUUGUGUUAGUGACAGAGUAAAAAAAAAAAUAAGUAAAGAAAAUUUAACAUCUCCGGACGAUUUUGAAAUCGAUAAUACCGAUCAAGAUAAAUUUUUUCAAAAUUUAAUCAAUGCUGUAUGUUGUCAAUUUUUUGCCAUAUUAGCCAGUCAUCCAUUUCAUGUUAUCAUGGUGACAAGUUUUGCUGAAUUUACAACGGAUCGGAAAAGUUCGUUGAUUGAACUUUUUUGUUCUAUUUAUUUAAGUGAGGGUUAUUUUGGAUUUUAUUCUGGAUUGAUCAAAUAUUACAGAUUCACAGCAUUUAAACAGGCCAAAUCAAUUGAAAAUCAAAUAGAUGAUAAUGAAAUUAUCGAUGAACCGGAAGUGAGAAGAACGGUUGAUGAUCACUCACAAUCCCAUGUAAUUUUAUUAAAGUUUUUAAGGAGUUUAACACAUAAUUCCUCUUCGAGAUCCAACGAAAACAUAUUGAAUCGAAAUCGUCGUAGCCGGAUAUCGAAAUUAUUAGCAUAUAUUCCAUUUACAUCAAAAUUAUUUUAUUAUGUUAUGCUACGUGAUUUUUUAUCGAAAAAAAUAUCGAAUCCGUUUUUAAUGGUGUGUCAUUGUGCCAUCGCAUUAGAUUCCGGAUGGAGUAAAUUUCCGUUGAUCAAAUAUUUAAAUCCUAUGGUGUCGUUAAUACAAAAUUACAUAGUACCUUCUAGAAAAAUUUAUUAUCGUAAAUGUCAAUGCUGUCAAGAUGAUUUAUCAUUUAAAAAUUAA